AUGCAGCAGCAGCGCCUGAUCUACACGGAGAGGCAGUUGGAGGACGAGCGGAGCGUUCAUGACUACAACAUCCAGCAGGGAUCCACACUGCACCUGCUCCUUCGUCUUCGCGGUGGCCCAGGAUCGCACGACCAGGCCAUGCUGCCGCCCGUGGGUGCCCUGGCUGCUGACGACACGGGCCUGACCCAGAAUGCCGCCAGCCUCGACAUCAGCGACUCCAGCAUCGACGUGGAUGAGAAUCCGCACGGUAUUCCACAGCCGGUGCCGAUUGCGCUGGCGGCGGCGAUCUGUUUGAAGGUGCUCACGGGGAAAACCAUCAUGCUCAAGGUGGAGGCCGGCUGCACAAUCUGCGACACGAAAAGGGCCAUCCAGGACACUGAGAGCACCACUCCCGACCAGCACCGAUUGUUUUUUGGAAGUGAGCAGCUGGAGGGCAACCGUACGCUCACGGACUACACUGUCCAGAGAUACGCCACGAUUCAUUUGGUGCUCCACCUCCGAGGCGGCGGACCAGCCACCCCUCCUACGGGGGGCCCUGCCUUCGUCGCACCACUUGACACGUACGAUUAUGGCGGCAGGCCUGUGGAGGUGGGGCCAGACAUGCACAUCUACGUCAUGACGCCUACCGGCAAGAUGCAGAUGCAGAGCGUAUCCGGGAUGAUUAUGGACACGGACCACCAACGCAUCAGCAACGGCGCCAGCAGCGCUGGCGCCAACGGCCGCGAUGACUCCCACGGCAAGCACGACGACAACAUCGACAAUCACGACGCCCACGGCUCAGUGUAUGACUCCAGCGCGGACGCCAGCAGCGCUGCCCCCGCAGAUGACACACCCGUUGCCCGAACGCACUGCCUCGGCAUCGACAGCGCGGGGGGCGACGUAUUGGAGUCGGCUUGCACUCUCGGUGCGGCAGCCAAGCAGCAGUCGACGUCCAAGGACAACAUGAUCGGGCAGAUCUAUGUGAAGACGGUCAGUGGGACGACCAUUACGACUGAUGAGCUGGAGCCCACCGACACGAUCAGCUACAUCAAGGUGAAGGUCCAGGACAAAGAGGGGGUACCCCCUCACCAACAGCGGCUGAUCUUCGCAGGGCACCAGCUGGAAGACACCCUCACGAUGAAGGACUACAACAUCGAGAAGGAGGCGACGCUGCACAUGGUAUUCUAUCUCCGGGGCGGCGGCCCUAGCACUUUGCUCACAGGCCGCGGGGUCGCAGCUGGGGCCCCCGAGCCUUCCCCGGCUCAGGACCUCGAGGACACGAUGCAGGUCGAUGCCGGCAGCUUCAAUCGGGAUGCCUCGCACGGGGGGAUAUCCCUUCAGCUGGCGGGCGGGUGGGGCGAGUGGUGCACGGAGACGGUCAUGGCCAACCUGGAGUACAUCCAGGUCGGAUACGCUCUGCCGGAAAACGCGGGCACCGUCGACUGCUGGGCUCUACUGGGAGUUCCUUCGAUCGCUGGGCCGAUCCCGACGAUCGAACUUGUGGAGGACAGGGCGAGGAGAUUGUGCAUGCUCCUCGAAGUCGCCGGCGGCCUACCUUCCUGGCCUCCCGUGGACAAGCGGGCGGCCUCUGAGGCGCUGUCCCGCGCCGAAGAGGCGCGGAAGGAGUGCCUGAUCAAGCUCCCGCAGCUGGCCCGUGACAGAGCCAGAUCCAAGACUUUCGUGGCGUCUCGAUUCCUGGAGCCGCCGAUUGCGCUGAAGACGUUCCUGAUCGAGCAGGCGACCUCCAACGGAAUCGCAUGCGUGUCUGCUCUGUGGCUCUCCGAUCUGCGCUCAGGUGGAAUGCCGGGUAGCACUGGGCGGCUGGAGGCACAGGCUGCCAGGGAUCUUUCAGAGCAGUUGGCCAAGGGCAAAGACAGGGCAACCCCAGUUCUCCAGCCGCACACGGGUAGGGGGGCCCUCGUGCGGGCGCCGCGGCAGACCGAACACCUCCACCGAAUGAUGGCCGGCAUCGAGCACGUUCUUGCGAAGUCGAACUUGGAAGUCGAGAUCUUUCUGGCGCGCGAGCGGGAACCGCUUCCCGUUCGCGGGGGUGCCAGGCUGAUGGGCGACUUAUGGCAGCAAGGUCGCGCUCUGACGACCCGGUGGGACCACCUGAUCGCAGGCGAGAUCCACCUCCUGGAGCCGAGCACAACGAUCGCGUCCAUCAGUGACGCGCCGGUCACGCUGACCAGGGCCUUUUCGGUAUUCCGCAUCGCUCGCAGCGGCGGAACGGCCAAGAAUAGGUUCGUCUCGUGGAAGCCAGCACGUGUUACAGAGGGCGGCUUCAACGUGAUCUGGGUGGACUGCGCUGAUACCGAGCACAUGAAGACGAGGCGGGCGCUUGCGCAGCUCGGCGACAGGGCGGUGGUGAGAUGGGAGGGGCCCUUAAGGAGUUCUGGUUUCACCAGCGGUGGAGAGCGCAUCCAACUCAAGGGCUACAUCCCCGAAGCGCGGGCCUCGGAGCUCGAAGCAUGCAUGUUCGUCAAGGGUGCAGCCCUUUCCACGCCAUUAGCCCGCGCUUUCGUUGGCAGGCGACCUCUGCUCAGUGACCCAGGAGCCCGCGUGGUGGAAGGCUCUUCGCCAUUCGCUCUGAAGGAGCUCCGGGAGCUCAUCGAGGACAUUGUGCUGAUUUCGCCAUCAGCGGCCCUCGCGCACGCGACUGCCUCGCAGACUGAUUGGGUGGCGGCGCUGUCGCGGCUCAUUCGGGGCCAGCCCUGCCGCGCGACCAUGCAGGUCCGAUGGCGACGAUCUCACGGAGGUCGCACGUGGGCGAAGCCAAGCGUUCUCGACACGGUGGCGCGGGGCGCUGCAAGGCAGGCGCGUCGCGGCGGCGACCAGGGCCAGGAUGGCCAGGCUUUGAUCCAUCUGCGGUGCCCACUCGGAGCGGAUCCACCAGCCCUUCUGCGGCGUUUCAUGGAAAAGGUCGGCGAGAAGAUGGGCCUCGACUUCGCGGAGGUGGCCGGGGGCGAGCCGCUGUCGCACCACAGCUGGAUGGCAACUCUGUCAUCGAGGGGGGGGCCCUCUGGCGAUGUCGAGGUCUGUCUCCAGAACAUCGACGACGCGACGAAGCUGCAACAGCAGAUCGACGGCGAAGUGAUACUCGCCAACGGGGCUUACGUCCCGGCGCAGGUGCACAGCGACGCGCUCGCGGCGGCGACUUUUCGCCGCCACGGCAGGAGGCCGUAG